AUGACCCACAUAGGAAAAGUCGGUGAGUUUAAUGAAAGCACAGAAAGCUUCGCGAAUUAUGUGGAGAGACUUGAACAAUUUUUCGCGGCAAAUGAAGUUAAGGACCAAAAGAAAGUAGCUGUAUUUUUGUCGAUUAUUGGUCCAACGACUUAUGGAGUUUUGAAAAAUUUAGUGCAACCAGCCCUGCCGAAAGAAAAAGAGUACAAAGAUUUAGUGCAAGUGUUGCGGGGGUAUUACAUGCCCAAACCGUUAGUUAUUUCUGAAAGAUUUAAAUUCAAUAAGAGAAACCAGAAGGAGGGUGAAAGUGUUUACUCGUAUGUAAUUGAGUUAAAGAGGCUAUCUACACAUUGUGAGUUUGGAGAAUUUCUGCCUGAAGCACUUAGAGUCAGAGAUCGACUGGUUUGUGGGUUACGGUCAGAAGCAAUACAGAAAAAGUUGUUAUCAGAGACGGAACUGGAUUUCGAUAAAGCAGUCAAGAUUGCGUAUGCCAUGGAAACGGCUGAAAAAGACACAUUGGCAUUUUUGACUCCUGAUCCAGGAAUACACAGUGUGGAAACAAAAUAUUCAGGGAGGAAAUCUGAGAACCGAAAGAAAUUUCAAAGACAAUAUUCGGAGGAAUGUUACCGAUGUGGGAAUAACCAUAACCCGAAGGAGUAUGAUGAGACAUCAGAUUCAUCAGACAGCAUUUGUUCUAUUUUCUGUACCAAUGAAAAAGACCAUAGCAGAAGGAAGUUGACGGUGAACAUAACAGUGGGAGAUGAAGAGGUAGAAUUUUUAAUUGACACCGGGAGUGUUCGUACCAUUGUAGGUGAGGCAGUUUACCAGAGACAUUUAGAGCAUUUCAAGCUCACAAAAACAGAUACUGUACUUCGUUCAUAUACUGGAGAUGAAAUCGGGUUGCUGGGAGUGUGUCAUGUUCCUGUAAAGUACCAGGAUCAAGAGUUCGUUGAGCUACCAUUGCUAGUUGCCCAAGGACAGCGACCAAGUUUAUUGGGGAGGGACUGGCUGUCAAAAAUAAAACUCAACUGGCAAGAAGUCUUUGCAGUACGUAUGAUUGAAAUGGAGACCCUAAGGAGAGAGUAUAGUGACCUAUUCUUGCCAAGCACAGAACCAAUAAAGGAUUUUAAAGCACAGAUUAGGUUGAAGGAGGACGGACAUCCAAUAUUUUGCAAAGCAUGCACAGUACCCUAUGCUAUUAAAGAACAAGUGGAAAAUGAACUGAGAAAACUAGUUGAGCGAGGUGUUCUUCAGAAAGUAAAAAAUAGCUCCUGGGCUGCACCUGUAGUGGUGGUUCCAAAGGCAGACCAGUCAGUGAGGAUUUGUGGAGACUAUAAGAUGACAGUUAAUCGGGUUAUCAGUGAGGAGCAUUACCCACUGCCCAACACAGAUGACAUGUUUGCCAGCUUAGCAGGUGGAAAAAAAUUUACAAAGUUGGAUCUAAGUCAAGCCUAUUCUCAGCUAGAAUUGGACAGAGAAUCUCAAGAAUGUCUAACCAUUAAUACUCACCUUGGACUCUUUCGAUAUGCCCGGCUACCUUAUGGAGUUAGUUCUGCAAGCGCAAUAUUUCAGUCAGUUAUGGACCAAGUCCUAUUGAUCAUUGGUAUGUCGGAUAGAUGA